AAGUCCCUCAUCCGACUAGAAGCUUUCCCUUCACCCUCUCUGAAGUGCCUCGGCUGCGCGUUACUACUGAUUUGCAAUGGCAUAUGUUAAGGCUCAGAAAACAAAGGCCUACUUCAAGAGAUAUCAAGUGAAGUUUAAGAGAAGAAGAGAGGGAAAGACUGAUUACCGAGCCAGGAUUCGCUUGAUUAACCAGGACAAAAACAAGUAUAACACUCCGAAAUACCGAUUUGUUGUUCGAUUUACUAACAAAGACAUCACUGCUCAAAUAGCUUCUGCUAGCAUUGCUGGUGACAUUGUUCUUGCUGCAGCAUAUUCACACGAGCUGCCACGCUAUGGUCUUGAAACAGGCCUUACAAACUAUGCUGCAGCCUAUUGCACUGGACUCCUGUUGGCUCGCAGAGUUCUUAAAAUGCUUGAAAUGGAUGAAGAGUACGAGGGCAAUGUAGAGGCAACUGGAGAAGAUUUUUCUGUUGAACCUGCUGAGACCCGGAGGCCAUUCCGAGCUCUACUCGAUGUUGGUCUCAUUAAAACUACCACUGGCAACCGUGUCUUUGGUGCCCUCAAGGGAGCUUUGGAUGGAGGUCUGGAUAUCCCACACAGUGACAAAAGGUUUGCUGGUUUUGACAAGGAGAAGAAAGAACUUGAUGCAGAUGUUCACCGGAAAUAUAUCUUUGGUGGACAUGUUUCUGCCUACAUGAAGACUUUGAUUGAAGAUGAACCAGAGAAAUACCAGUCACACUUCAGUGAAUAUAUUAAGCGUGGACUAGAGGCUGACGGACUUGAGGGGCUAUACAAAAAGGUUCAUGCUGCCAUUCGUGCAGACCCUGCAGUGAAGAAGUCUGAGAAGCAGCCACCAAAGGAGCACAAGAGGUACAACCUGAAGAAGCUCACUUACGAGGAGAGAAAGGCAAAGUUGAUUUCACGCUUGCAGGCUCUUAAUUCUGCAGCUGGAGAUGCUGAAGAUGAAGAUGACGAUGAGUGAAUUUGCAUUAUGAAUGCAGCCCAAAUGCUGCAUAUGUUGAAUUUAUAGCGUAAAUUUCAUUCAUUUUCUUGAAAAUUUUGUUGCUUUUGUUGUUUAAUUUAUAGGUUACCAAUUUUGGAUCUUUUGAAUUAACCUGGAUUGAUGUGCUUCAAUUUACGUGGUUGGUUUUUACAAGAUAAUUUCUUAC